ACAUGCGCAGUACUCGCGCUGUCCGGCCGCGGGGGCUGCAGCCCAGCUGGGGCCUGACCGGGGCGACAUGUCCUCGGGCAGCGGGGAAGUGGUCGCGGCGCCGGCGUCCGGGACUGCCGACGGCCACAGCAAUGGGGCAGGUGGGGCCUCGGCGCAGACCAACAACCCGCUGUCGCGGAAGCUGCACAAGAUUCUGGAGACGCGGCUCGACAAUGACAAGGAAAUGUUGGAAGCUCUCAAGGCACUUUCAGCCUUUUUUGUUGAAAAUAGUUUGCGGACUCGAAGAAAUUUACGUGGAGAUAUUGAACGCAGAAGUUUAGCCAUCAAUGAGGAAUUUGUAAGCAUUUUCAAGGAAGUGAAGGAAGAACUUGAAAGCAUAAAUGAAGAUGUUCAAACAAUGAGCAACUGUUGUCAAGACAUGACGAGUCGCCUACAGGCAGCAAAGGAACAGACUCAAGAUUUAAUAGUAAAAACCACUAAGCUUCAAGCUGAAAGUCAGAGAUUAGAAAUAAGAGCACAAGUGGCUGAUGCUUUCUUAUCGAAGUUCCAGCUGACUUCUGAUGAAAUGAGUCUUCUCCGGGGUACAAGAGAAGGACCCAUUACUGAGGAUUUUUUCAAGGCAUUGGGGAGAGUAAAACAGAUUCAUAACGACGUCAAAGUUCUCUUGCGCACAAACCAACAAACAGCAGGUUUAGAAAUUAUGGAACAGAUGGCCUUGCUUCAAGAAACAGCUUAUGAAAGACUUUAUCGAUGGGCUCAGAGUGAAUGCAGAGCAUUGACGCAAGAAUCAUGUGACAUAUCUCCAGUGUUAACCCAAGCAGUGGAAGCCCUGCAGGACAGACCUGUCUUAUACAAGUAUACCUUAGAUGAAUUUGGAACAGCCAGAAGAAGCACGGUUGUCCGUGGAUUUAUUGAUGCGCUUACAAGAGGGGGCCCAGGGGGUACGCCGAGACCCAUCGAAAUGCACUCCCACGACCCCCUGAGAUAUGUAGGAGAUAUGUUGGCUUGGCUCCAUCAAGCUACUGCUUCUGAAAAGGAACACCUGGAAGCUCUCCUCAAGCAUGUAACCACACAAGGUGUUGAAGAAAAUAUUCAAGAAGUUGUUGGGCAUAUCACUGAGGGUGUGUGCAGGCCUCUAAAGGUUCGAAUUGAACAAGUAAUAGUUGCUGAACCUGGGGCAGUUUUAUUAUAUAAAAUUUCUAACCUCCUUAAAUUUUACCAUCAUACAAUUAGUGGCAUUGUUGGAAAUAGUGCAGCUACGUUGUUGACCACCAUUGAAGAAAUGCAUUUGCUUAGCAAAAAAAUAUUCUUCAAUAGCCUGAGUCUUCAUGCGAGUAAAUUAAUGGACAAGGUUGAACUUCCACCACCUGACCUGGGACCAAGUUCUGCAUUAAAUCAGACACUCACGUUGUUGCGUGAAGUUUUGGCGUCUCACGAUUCUUCAGUUGUACCGUUAGAUGCCCGUCAAGCUGAUUUUGUGCAGGUUUUAUCGUGUGUCUUGGAUCCUCUCCUCCAGAUGUGUACUGUCUCAGCCAGCAAUUUAGGCACAGCUGACAUGGCCACUUUCAUGGUCAACUCCCUCUAUAUGAUGAAGACAACAUUAGCUCUGUUUGAAUUUACUGACAGACGUCUGGAAAUGCUGCAGUUUCAGGUCGAAGCACACUUGGACACUCUUAUAAAUGAGCAAGCUUCUUAUGUUUUAACUAGAGCAGGCUUGAGUUAUAUCUAUAACACUGUACAGCAACAUAAACCUGAACAGGGUUCUUUAGCUAAUCUGCCCAACCUAGAUUCUGUGGCACUGAAGGCUGCAAUGGUUCAGUUUGAUCGUUAUCUGUCAGCCCCAGACAACCUGUUAAUGCCACAGCUGAACUUCCUUCUAAGUGCCACAGUGAAAGAGCAGAUCAUUAAGCAGUCUACAGAACUAGUCUGCAGGGCCUAUGAUGAAGUGCAUGCCGCCGUGAUGAAUCCGGUCAAUGGGUACAAAGAUCCAGAGAGUAUCCUACACCGAUCGCCUCAGCAAGUGCAGACGCUUCUCUCCUGAGGAUGUUAUCGCAUGUGUUAGCAAAAUAUUGCAUCCACCAAACGCUGACGGUUUUCUUGGUUUUCAGUUUGUUAAUCUUUACUUUAAAAUGUG